CGGUCGCGGGGCAACACGUAGUCAGUGUAACGGUGCCAGUGCUGUGCUUUAUCCCUCGUGCCACUCAAACCGUCAAGAUUCGCGUGAAGAACCGAGUGCCGAUGCCGGCGUACGCCAUGGACGACGCCGAGCGAGAUUCGGACCUCGGCGACAACAGUCCCCUGAUUGCCAGAUUUCCAAACGCUGAGCCCCCUCGUUCAGACGACUUCGCGGACCAGUCCAGCGAGAGCUCCGACGAGAGUGUCACUCGGGAGAACCACAGACACCCCGCGCCGCCGCCCGGCCCCAUGCCGCACCACGUGCCGCCCCCUCCCCCCGCCAUGGGCCGGCCCCUCAAUAUGCGCGAAAACUUUGAGUCCUUCAAGACUUCACUCCACCCACAUCUCUCGUCGCUCGUCUCCCUGGCUCAAGGCGCCUCCCUGUCUACCACCAACAACGUUUUCGCCAUCGCCGGGGGCACAGGCAACUUCUACAACCCACCAGCCUUCGUGGCCCCCGCGCAACCACCGCCGCCGCCGCCUCAGCAGCCCGUUGGUUCCGCGUCCUCAUCAUCGUCAGAAGGCAGUGCCGCCGGGUGGAGCUUCGAAGAACAGUAUAAGCAGGUCCGUCAGCUUUACGAGAUAAACGAUGAUCCACAGAGGAAGGAGUUUCUGGACGAUCUGUUCGCCUUCAUGCAGAGAAGAGGUACCCCCAUCACCCGUUUACCCGUCAUGGCGAAAACAGUACUCGACCUCUGCGAGCUGUACAACCUGGUGGUGGCCCGGGGCGGCCUAGUAGCUGUCAUCAACAAGAAGCUCUGGCAGGAGAUCAUCAAAGGCCUCAACCUGCCCUCGUCCAUCACGUCUGCUGCUUUCACGCUGAGGACGCAAUACAUGAGAUUCCUAUACGACUACGAGUGCCACAAGAAGAACUUCUCGACGAAGGCGGAGCUGGACGUGGCUAUCGAGGGCAACAAGCGCGAGGGUCGCCGCCACUCCGUCGCCGCCAACCAGUACGCGCAGGAGGUGCAAGCGCAGGCUGCUCUGUCUAUGCCGCAGUUCAACCGCAUGCCGUCAGUGGCUUCGUACACCCAACACAUGCAGCCAGUUCUCCCCGGCGGCGGGCCCAUACCCCACCUGCCCUCCCUCCCCCUCCACCCCUCGCAGUACUCCCAGAGGGACAUGGAAAACCUGCAGAAGCUAGCCCGCAUGAUACAGGAACACCAACGCGAGUUUCUACGCAACGCGGAGUCACCACCGUCGGCGAUGGACAUGACACAGAUGUGGUGGAACCUGUACAACCCGCAGACCGUCAACCUCGAGCCACAACGCGAGGCGCUGAACCUAGCGGAGAGUCCGAGCAACGGCAUCAAGCGCGAGGCGAGCCCCCCUCCCGCGGCGCCCCCCAAGCGCCGCGUCACUCACUCCUCAUCCAUGUCCAUAUCGCCAUCCCGCUCCCCUCACUAUCGCUCUCCCAUUCACUCGCCAAGAACAGCGCGCGCGCCUCGCUCCGUCUCGCCUCGUACGUCGGUGUCGCCCCGCGCCGUGUCGCCUCACGUUUCGCCGCGCGUGCCCGCACACAACCUGCCCACGCCGCCGCCCUCGCUAACGCACUCACACAACGGCACGGCGUCUAUACUCAACGGAGCCUCGUUUAGAAUAACAUCUAAAGGCGACACCAGCACGGGUGACCAGGAGCUGAAUGUCUCCAUCGACCUCAACGGCAUCACAUACGAGGGCAUCCUCUACCCCUCGCAGAACGGCAUGUAGCCACACAACUAAUAUAAGGAUCGUAACCAAAAAUAGUUAUAUACUUCACGAGAAAUUAUAUAUACAGGGGUAUUUGCAAUCAUUAUUUAUUACGAUUCAUACCACGAAUGACAAAAUGGACGAAAAUUUAAAUGCAACUUUCGUAUUCUGCUUAUACAAUAUACAGUCUGCUAAAAAAUUGUGUUCAGUAAUUGAAAGCAAGCUGUCUUACUUUUAGACACUUUAAUUAAAAAAUAUUUUGAUAGAUCAACAAAAGUAACUUCCCAGUGUUGCCAUAAGCGAUGUUUCUCUACCCUGUAUAUCAAAAUUAUAUUCUUAUAUUUAAGCAGCACAUUCAUCAUUUUACUUUAGCUUGUUACCUUUUUAUCAUUAAUUUGACACUGCCCAUUUUGUAAUCAUGUCCCUUAGCUAAUUUUAAAGGUAUGACAAUUUUUGUAAAUAUUAUUUAGUAAUUUAUGGAGCAUAUAUCAUUUUUUUCACAAAUUCAAGUUCUACUUUGAUUUCUUCUACUACGUUACCAUGUUGGCUAUACACAUUGGCCUAAGCCCUUUUCAACAUGCACUUUUACUGCACAUUGGCCUUGAAACCUUAAGUUGAUGUGCUAACUCGAGUUUUCAGCUCAACAUUUAAAAAAAAUCCUAAAUUAAAGCCAGUUCACAUUGAGACGUAUCAGACGCUUGCACUGACGAAUAAAUUAUGUUCUUUAUGAGAACAACUUCAUGAAGCUUCGAUUCGUCUCUUUCGUAACAGUAUGAAUUGAGCCUUUCGAUAUUUUAUACCUUAACCCACAAUUUUAACACCAUUUUACGAAGUGACUCGGUUACAAAAGUGUUAAAAAUGUUGUCCAAUAUAGCGGCGUAGUAAAAUAAUCACAGAGACUUGGCGCAUUUUAUCGUGUGACAAUUUUUUGUAAAAACGUAUUUAUGAUAAAAUAUUUGGUUUUUGUCCAUUAUUUUUUAUUGUACAAUUUUGUAAAUAGUUCUCGUUUAAGUAGGUAUUUAGUUACAAUUUUUAUACUUGUGUUUUUUAUUGGGGUCCUGUUGUAUGGACGUUAUUACUGAGUGUAAUUGUUAUUCGUAAUGUUAGCAUAUCUCAGUGUAAAAUAUUUAAGACUAAGAUUAAUAUUAACUGAACCACUUUGCAAGUUAACCUAAAACAUUUUGCAUUACAUUUUGUAUUAUUUAUAAUAAAUACAAAACAUCAGUGCUCGUUAAGAAUAAAAUGUAAGAAUGUUAAAGCAGUGCAGCGUAAACUUUAACAGGUCAUUUGUUAUGCGAUGAAUGUAUGAAAUGAAUUAAAAAGUUUGGUGACUACAUACCGAACUUGCUGCUUGUUUAUGUGAUUUUUAUGUUGGCAUUUAAAUGUGUAUAAAGUAUACAUGUCAUCAUAAACUUAACAUUUAGGAGAAUAAUGUAGAAUAAAUUAUUUCGUUAAGGCCAAGUCUCGAAUAAUCUUUAAUUGUCUGAUUUGCACCUAUCGAAAGUU